ACUAUUUCCCUUUUAUAAACAAAUUUAUAUGCAAAGGAAAUAUUUCAAACCUUCACAAAGCGUAACAACAAGCAAGCUGUAAUUACACCGACCUCAAAUCAACUGUAUGAAAGGAUCUAUUUCCUGCUGAUAUUCACGAUGGGCUUGAAAUCAUUUGUAUUAAUUAUAACCGUGUUGCAUCUUGGGGUACAUGGUAUUUCUGGACAUCGUUGUGGACCGUGUGAUUGUCGGGAAGAAAAUGGUGUCUUCAUAGCUAACUGUUCCAGCAGAGGUUUAACAAAUAUUUCUUCAGAUAUACCCGAUUGGACCAAUCAUUUAAUCAUGGCGAAUAACAGUUUAUACAACAUUAUAGAUAACUUUACCAGAUUUUACAACUUAACAUAUCUCAACAUCUCGUCUUGUCAGAUAUCGAGUAUUGGAAGCACUUCAUUAAUUAAUUUAAAAUUAUUAGACACAUUAGACAUUAGUGAGAACACGGAGUUAGGAUUUUACUCAUUGGGUAUCGCAAUGAAUGGACUGACAUCUCUCCGAGUUCUUAUAGCAAACAGUUUAGUUCAUCCUUAUGCCGUAUGUGUUUGCAUUUCUAAAGAAAUGCUCCAACAUCUUAACCAAACCAGGCUUAAAGAGAUUCAUGUUAACAAUAACCGAAUCGAAAUUUUUGAACCCGGUGCACUUCAAUAUUUACCACAAUCAAUUGAAAAGGUUUCAGCAAAAAACAAUAGAUUUACCAUAGGACAGUAUUUGGCAGAUGUUGCUCAUCUUAUAAACUUAGAAGAAUUGGAUUUGAGUGGCAAUUUGCAGGAACCAAACAUUUAUAGUACUAUACCUUUAAUGGAUUGGGUGCUUAUUCAGGAGGCAUGUGAUACAUCUACCAACUCUGAUAAAGAAAAGCUACGCUUUCCUCCUAACCUGAAAAUUUUAAAUAUGAAAUUUUCAGCUCUCGCCUACUAUGUUACUAAAAUUGAUCUUGGUACAAACUCUAUUCAAAAUGUCUCCUUGAGGGGCAAUAUCUUGUCAAAGUGGGAGGGACCCGUAUUAAAUGUCGAAAAUAUUCGCCAUUUAGAUCUUUCUCAAAACCUUUGUUUCUGGAUAAAUUCGGAUUUCUUUUCGAAUUUUUCUUCCUUGGAAACAUUAGAUAUGGCUCAAAAUAGUUUACAAAUCGUGAUAGCUGGUGACAAGAACGGUUCGGUAUUUGAAACACUGAAUAAAUUACAAUAUCUGAAUCUGAAAGAAACCUAUUUAAUAUACUUACCCGAAAAAAUAUUCAAGGGUUUAAAAAACUGUCAGGUAUUGGAUCUGAGUAGAAAUUUAAUACGUAGCGAAAAUCUAUUCAUAUCUCUUCAACACAUGAACCAUCUCAAAUAUAUAAAUUUUACUUUCAAUCAUAUUCAAUGGUUUAGCUCUGAGUUUAUGAACGAACUAGAAAAAGUUGGCAAGAAAAGUGGAAAUUUAACUAUUGACCUCAGAGAAAACCCGUUAUUUUGUAAUUGCAGAAAUUUAGCUUUCCUCAAAUGGCUUAAUUCAACACCUUAUGUGCAGUUUCAAUACUUUGAACAGUAUUUGUGUAUUUUCACAGACGGAACCCCGAUAUAUUUCAAUCAGUCGAAUUUAAUUUUCACUAAGUUAUCCCAAAAAUGUGACACUGUAAUGGAUCAGAUAAUGUCUUGUUUAUUUGCAACAAUUUUGGUUUUAAGUUUUGUUUUUUUGGCUAUUUUCUACAAAUUUAGAUGGAAAUUACGAUAUUUGUAUUAUGCAGCCAAAAGUUCCAGAAGGUUGAAUUUCCAUCAUGACGUCUUUGAAUUUGAUGCCUUUAUUUCCUAUUCGGAAGAUGCCAGAUUAUUUGUGGAUCAAACAAUGAGAUUAAAAGUUGAAGAAGAAGCUGGAUUGAAACUUUGUCUUCAUAACAGAGAUUUUCUUCCUUCCUUGCCGAUUGCUGAAGGUAUAGUUACUGCUGUUAAGACGAGUAGAAAGACAGUUCUUGUUAUGAGUCCAGAUUUUAUUAAAAGUUACUGGUGUCUGUAUGAAAUGAAUAUGGCAGAUAUGGAAAGUCAACAUACUGGACGAGAUGUGUUAUUAAUAUUAUUAUAUAAACAUAUUAAAUAUGAUAAAAUACCAUCAACUGUCAUGUAUCAGAUCAAAUCACAUACUUAUAUUGAAUAUCCUAAUACAGACGAUGAUUCAGAGGAGAUGGAUAUAUUUUGGGAUAAUUUUUCAAGGGCGAUUCAAUGUCUAUAGAUCGCCAAUCCUCUAAAUACAAAAGUGGAUUAUAAAAGAGUUAGUGUGGCAUUUGUUCGCUGCUUAUUAUACUGUAUAUAAAAUGUGAAACUAUUAGUUAAAUGUAUAUUUUGUGUUUUGCGAAUUUUCUUCAUUAAAUAUCUGCUUUAUUAUACUGUAUAUAAAAUAUGAAAUUAUAUUUUGGGUUAAA